GGGCGGCGAAUGGCAGUUGGAGGAAUUUUGGGCGAAGCGAAGGAGGGUGAGAGCGGCGGCAUCGGCACGGGCACCGGGGACGAGCGGUGGCGGUUGAGAAUGCAGCUCCUUCAUAAUGCCAGGAAAGAGCACAGGUUCUCGCUGUAGGCUUUACAACUCAGAACAACACUGCUGCUCGGUGCCAGCCUGUUAAAUGUCCCCUGACUGAUGGUUGCCUUAGGCCAUCUCUCCAAUAUCUGCUGAAAUUGUUCGUUAUCACCGCAAUUUAUUUAGUUAGCAAGAGGACUGAAAGCAGCCGAGGGGGGAAAUCUGUUGCCUCCGUGCCUGUUCUUCAAAAGGAGAAGCCGCAGCUAACUGCUGUAAAUCCUGCACCGCCUGCAGCAAAACCGUCUUAUCCACUCCGGUCUCAGGGGAACCGUCCGGCUCUGCAUCUUCCUCACCCCAGCAGGGCAUUUUCUUACCUUAUAGCGCCGUGCGCAAUAUAUUUUUGGGAAAGAUGCCCCCCCACCCCCCACCGCGCGUUGUGACCGGCUGUCAGCGGGCAUAGUUGAAUGAUGCACCCACGCUUUUAUUUGGCAACAAUACGGCUUGAAUAGUGGUCAUAAAUAAUGAAGAAAAUACUCCGUUUCGCAAAGAAAAAGAGAAAAUUUUCUCCCAAUACCUCAGACACUGGGAGUGUGGUCUCUGUAGGAUAUGAGCUGAAAGAUAAAGAUUUGGGAAAACUGCAUAAAGCUGCCUCUACUGGGGAUUUGCCCAAACUUCGACAGCUCAUUAAGAAAAAUGAUGUAAAUCAACUGGAUAAAGAAAACAGGGCUCCGUUGCAUCUUGCAUGUGCAAGUGGGCAUGCAGAGGCAGUUGCUUUCCUUGUGGAAAACAAGUCAAAACUAAAUAUCUGUGACAAUGAUAACCGCUCCCCUUUGAUGAAGGCAGUACAGUGCCAACAAGAACGUUGUGCAGUCGUCUUACUAAGCCAUAAUGCUGACCCUAACCUUGUGGAUAUUAAUGGAAAUACUGCCCUGCAUCUUGCAGCUCUGAUCCCUAACAUCUCUUUGGUAAUCCAUUUGGUAGAGCAUGAAGCACACAUGAAUGCUCGAAAUAAGGAUGGUUAUACACCUUUGCUGUUGGCUGUUAUUGAGAAUCAUCAAGAAAUAGUGGAAUUUUUACUUAAAGAAGGAGCAGAUGUCAAUGCCAAGGACAAAACUGGGAGAACUGCUCUGAUGAUCGCUGCAAGUAAUGGACAGAUUAGUUUAGUUAAACUACUUCUACGUUUUGACGCAAAUGUUUCUUUAAAAGAAGAUAAAGGAUGGACAGCUGAAGAUCAUGCAAUGAUGAAUGGACACCAUGCUUGUUCACAUCUAAUCACUGAGUAUGACACAAAAAAGAAACUUCAUCAGUCACCAUACUAUGGAACAAGCAAGGUGAAAGGGGACCAUGCUGCUGAAGUAGGUUUUGCUCUUGGAGGACCAGCCACAGACAAAGAAGAGUUUCAGGAGUCUCCUGAACAGAAGUGGAGAACAAGUGAUUCUGAGAAAGUAGCAGAUGAUGCAUCUCAGACAGAGUCAGUCAGUAGAGCCUCAAAAGGUGCAGGUGACUCCUGGCUAUCUUCAAAUGAAGAUGAGGAACUCCAAUUUAGCUCCAAGGUUUCACAGAAGUUUAGCUUGACUAAGCUGUUAAAUACUUCUCAGAAAAGUAAAGAAAAUGUAAACGCAAAGACUGACUCUGGCGUAGUCCAGAACAUGGACCUUUUGCACCCAGUUGAAUCAGAUAUAGACAGUGAGGAAGAGUCAGAAGAAGAUGGUCAAGAUGAAGAAGAAAUUAAUGAGAAUAGCUGCUCACUAACCCAACCUUCACCCCAAGCUAAGAAACCUUUACUCGCUUCUCAUCAAACAACUGUGGCUUCAGCCAGCUCCUUUAUAAAAGCCCAGUCAAGUUCUACCCCUUUUAAAGGCUGCAAGCAGGAUAAAUCCUCGGAAGAGGAGAUGUGGCCUGUUGAAACGUGUUCAGCAAAUUCCAGAGCUUCGGCAAUGCAUCCUGUUAAUCUUGAUGGAUCUUCCACAUAUGCUGCUCAGGCAAAAGAGACUUCCAAGCAAAAAAAUAGAAGAGACCUGCUGCUAGAAUUGGGCUUGGAAGAGAUGGAAGCUGAAGAGCAUAUAGAAUCUCCUUGGGAUUCUGAGUCUGCCACAGAAAGCCCACAGAGGAAAUCCUUUGUUUCAUCUCCUGUCAAGAAUCAAGCAAAAAUGCAACACGUUACGACGAGUCAGAAUAAUGGAUCAUUGGGAUUGAAUACUAUGGCACAGCCACUAGUAGAACCAUCUGAAGGAAAGAAGGAGAAGUCAGAUUUAAUUGCAGAGCUUGGCUUAAUUGAUGCAGGUGAUACAGAAGAUACCUCAGAUUGGGACUCUGCUAGUGUUUCUGGCAAAAAGGUAUCACCCAACGUAUUUAAUUCUACACCACAAGUAAACGUAAUUAGGAAAGAUGACAAACCAGCACUCCAGUCAGUUCAGUCACCAAAAAAAGAAACGUCCAAUACCAAGACUCCAAUAAACAUAUCAAAGUCAAAUUCUGAAGAGACCACAUGUAUCCACAGAACAUCACAAUCUGAAGGCUCACCUGAUUUAUUGAAAAGUGGGUUGGCUUCACAUCCUUCAGCGCAAUAUCAAGUUGGUCCAGAACUUCAAUUUAAAAAUACCACAUCAGUUAAACAGGAAAAUGUAUCUGAACUGAAAAUAUCUCCAUCAGAGGAGGAAGAUAAUGAAAAGGAAGAGAAAAAAGACUGGAAAAUGGAGAAGGAUAAAUAUAUUUUAGAAACUUCCAGUACCGAUGACAAAUUGCCCACCAAAAACCCACAAUCUGCAAAUCAAGCUCAUGAGGGAGUUUUGCUUUCAUAUCAGAAAGCUGAUAAAGUUAACCUGAAUGAAGAGCCUGAUUUUGAUAGUAGUGAGAGCCCUCCUGAGGAUAUGGGGAUAAAUGAAAAGAGUGAACUAGCCUUGAAGAAACGAUAUGUAAAAGUCUGGGUUGAAAAGGGAAAGAGCGAAAUUGCAUCACAUCUAGAAACUCUUACAGUUGAAUUGAAACAAAGAUUUGAAGAACUUCAACAGAACAAGAAUGGUGCAAUUACUAUGGAAUAUUCAGAAGACUGUGAUGAAAAAUACUCAACUGAUGAAUCUAAUAAAGAAAUUGUAAUUGCAACCCUCAAGAACAAUGAAAAUACUACUUUAGAAGAGGGUAGAUAUGAUGAACGUGACUGCAAAAUUCUUCAUCUAAUUCCAGAGCAACAGGAAUUGCAAGAUUUUAGCAUAGGGCCUACAGAUGCAAGCCAUGAGCAGCAAACAUUCCAUAAAGUGCCCGAAUCAAAACCAGCAGUGAAUAAUGAUGAAAAUAGCUUGGAGCAUACUUGUGCGCCUGAGGAAGUUAGUAAGUCAAAGGAGUUAAAGUGGAAGACAACUCAAGAUUAUCAAAUAGCAACAUUGGAUUUGCCCAUUCUGAAGGAACAAGGAACUGAUGUUGCUGGUUACAUUACUGAUUUAGACUCUGAUGCAGAUGAUGCUUCUCUUAAAUUGCACUCUGGUACUGAUAAUAAGAAUCCUAAUUCUUUAGAAAAAACUCUGAAGCACAGUACUGAAUUGGAGUUUUCAUCCACAAGAAAGGAAGGUAUUGUGUCCAAGUGCAUCUCUCAUCUUGAUGUAAGAAAUCGCGAGACACCGUUGGAUGAUUUGGAGAGCUAUCCAAGAAACCUCCAGUUGGCCUCUGUAGCAGCUGCUAAACCUUACUUGGAUGAUGAGCUAGAGGAAGAUAUGCAGCGAUUUAAGAAUGAGGUAGGAAUGCUAAAAGCAGUAUUCCUGGCUUUGGAGAAAAAGAAAGUACAGCUGCAAAAAGAGGUUGAAGAAGAAAAAACUAAGAAUUUUCAAAAUAGAGAAAGAAGCAGACAUGACGAAUUAGGUAUUUCUGAAUCAGCAGGAAAAGAUGAGGACAGUUUGUGUACAACGCAGAAACAAACACAUGAGCAAUCUUUCCAGCAACAAAAUAGUGAAAGAUUAGAGUUGAAAUUGACUAAGGGACAUGGAGAUUCAUCUAAACAGCUGCAAGGCACUGUAACCUCACAGUUGGAUAAAGAGAAACGAACUAAAGACAGAACAAAAAAAACUCUUUUCAAAGGGACUGUCUUGGGCACAGAUGAGGAGAAUUAUGAAAGUCAUCAACGUAAUCAGCCAAAGCAAGCUGAUCAAGAUUUGAAAAACAUUGAGUUGAAAAGCAUUGAGAGACUGGUCAAACUACAGCAGAUAUCAACAAUGAAUGGGGAUACCUUAUCUGCCUUUGAUGACAGUACUACAAGUGAGAUGUCUCAGGAUGAAGUGAGACCUUUCAAGUCAUCUGCAAGUAAAAAGUUCACUAGACCAGUAAAUGUUUCUGAUGACCUGGACGAUCUCACACAGUCUUCUGAUACUGCUACAGAUGGAUCAGAAUCCCCUAGUUCUGCUUAUAAGAAUACUCCACUGUUAAUUGCACAGCUUGAUGCAGAGGCAAUAGGUAAGGAAGACUCCGUUAGUUUACUGAAAAUCCAAAAUCUGGUUCGUGAGUAUGAACGAGCGGUUGAACGAGAAAAGAAGCGUUAUGCCUUGCUUUCAGAUAAAGUAAAAUAUCUGGAGAAUGAGCGAAAAGAGCUCCACCAAGCACUGGAUAAAACUAGAGAAACAAAAUCCAAACUGGAGUGCCAGAAAAUGGAGAGGGAUACUGACUUUAACAGUGUCAAAUUUAGUCUGAAACAAGAAGAGGAAAACAGGAAGAUUGCAGAAAUGUUGUAUGAAAAGAGCCGUGAACAACUCCAAAAAAAGGAAUUGCAAUACUGUGAGGAACUGAAAGCAAAACAAGAGUUGGAACUGAUAAUUAGAAACAUGGAGAUGGAAAGGAAGUCACUGCUCAGCAAUAUAGAACAGCUUAAUGAAGAACAAAAUGAAUUACAGAAGCAGUUCAACCAGGAACAAGCUGUGCAUAAAGAAAUCCUUAACAACCAUCUGCACAGACAGCGUGAGAAAGAAGAGGAAGACAAGAAAACAAUAAAAAGUGUAGAGGCUGUUGCUUAUCUUUGUGAUGUUAACAAUCAUGAAAAAGAUAUGAUGGAACAAAAUCGUUCACUGCAAGAUGAACUUACUGUAUUAAAAAUUGAAUUGGAUUGUGUGCGUGCACGGAGUCAGGAGGAACAGGGAAAGUAUAUGGAACAGAUUGAGGCAUUAAAAGAAAAGUUAGAUGACACAAAAAAGGAUUUGAAAUUUAAUGAAGAAACUUUAACCGACACAGCUUUACAGUAUAAAGGUCAACUGAAUGCACUAAAGACUGAAACCUCAAUGUUGGCUUCCAAGCUUGAACUUGAGAAACAAAAUAAGGAAAAACUAGAGACUGAGAUAGAAGCUAUCCGUUCACAAUUGAGCGUAGCACUUCAGGAGCUGGAACGGAGUCAAGCAGCUAAAUGCGAAUCUGAACAAAUUCUUCAAAGGGAACAUCACGAGUGGCACCAUUCAGAUGAAAAACGGAACUAUGAAAUUUCCAGUCUCCGUGAGACUAAUAACAGUUUGUCACAGAAAUUAAGUAAAGAGGAAGCAAAGGCCAAUAACUUAGAUUAUGAACUUCACCGUGCAACACUUUCUCUUGCUGAGAAAAACCUUUUGCUGGAGAAUGCUCAAAGGAACUUGAAUCAAUCUCAGGCUCAAAUAAGUGACCUAGAACAUUCCAAUCGAUUGCAGAAAGAACAGAUAAGCAAAUUUACAAUUCGUCAGGAGUCUAUGCAGGAGAGAUUGGCCCAAGCUCAAAGCGAAAUCAUGCUGUUACGGCAGCAGCUUGAAGAUGCACAAAACAAAGGUAUUAUAAAGGAAAAAGCGGUCACUGAUGUUCAAGAUCGCUUCAGUGACAUAUUUUCUAAACUUCGAAGAGAUAGUGAACGGCAGAUAAGUUUGGUGGAAGAGAGGAAUAAAGAACUGGUGACCAAGACCAUUGAACAAAGAGAACAAAUCUGCAAGUUUGAAAAUGAGAAGAUAGAAAGAGAGACCACAUUGAGGCAGCUUCAACAAGAGCUCGCUGAUGCAUUGAAGAAACUCUCAAUGUCAGAGGCCUCUCUGGAAGUGACCACACGCUAUCGUAAUGAAAUGGAAGAAGAGAAAGCACGUAUGCAGAAGCAUUUAGAGAAGCUGAAGGUUGAGCUUCAGGAGACACAAGAUGAGUACAUGCAAUCAGAGAGGAAAAUCCAACAUUUACAGAAUGCGCUGGAUGAUAAAGAACGUGAUGUGACUGCAAUCUCCCAAAAAAUGCAAGAGGUUUUGUCAGCUUCUUCAAGGAAAAAGGAGGCUGCAAAACAACUUGAAGAACACGUACAACGAUUGGAGAUUGAAAAUGCAAAAUUGGAGUCUGUCGCAAAACAGCAGACAACCAAAUCUGAAUUGAUGGAGAAAGAACUUCAAGAUACUGUGUCAGUCCGUGCUCGUCUAGAAGACUUAAUAACAAGUUUGCAAGGGGCAAAGAUUAACUUGGAAGAUCAACUCGGUCAAGAGGUACAAAAGCAAACUAUGUUGUCACAAAGUGCAAAAGAUUCUCAUCAACUGUGGGAGGAGGAAUUGAAAACGCGAUCAAAGCUUGGACUUCGACUUUCUCAGUUGAGUAGAGAAAAAGAUGAUCUGGCAGGCCAGGUUGAAGUUGAAAGGAAAAAAGUAAAGAAGCUUGUAGAGUUUAAGCGGUCAGUAGAAACCAGACUGGCUCAGGAAAUGAAAAGAAACAACGAGCUUCAGAAAGAACUACACCGAAAAAGGACACUAUUGAAGACUACCAAAAAGAAGCUGAAGGAAUAUGAUAGUGGACAGUUUGUCACCCAACUUAGUGGUAUUCAAGAACUGGAACAUGAACACUCUGAAACUGAAAUCACUUUUAGCAAACUGAAGACAAAGGUUGAUGACUUAUCCCAGCAACUAGAAGCAGAAUCUGCAAAAUGUCGACGUUUGGAAUCAACCAACCAAGAACUUUCUGUACAGGUCGCCCCAAUGAGAAUUUUACAGAAGAGCCAAGAUCGGCUAGAGAAAAGAAAACGGCAGCUAGAGGAAGAAGUAGCCAGUCUAAAACAUCAGAUUGAAACUAAUGUGACGAACUACAGUCAGAUGGAACAAUACAAGAGGGAGGUGGAGGAACAUGCUCGUAAGGAAAUCAAGCAGAAAUUAGAAGAAGUGAAUUUAUUCUUACAGACGCAACAGGCCUCCCAAGAAGCCUUGGAACAAUUGAGAUCCACAAAUGAAAGUACAAUUAGAGGCCAGUUGGAGCAGAGAAUAAAAAACCUGGAAUCAGAGUUGAAUAAUCUUAGAACUUCACAACAAGACAGCAUGAAUCUGAAAGAAUCCGCACAGUUGGAACUUGAAAGAUACAAGGAAUUGUAUUCAGAGGAAUUAAAACUACGUAAAUCCCUUGCAGCCAAGCUUGAUAGAUCAAAUGAAAGGUUAGCAGAAACCAACGCCAAGCUGCUUAAUGAACGUCAGCGUAGUAAAUCCUUGAUUGCUAGCAGCAUUAUGAAUGGAAGCUUGACCACAACUCCCACUCUGGAUAUGGGUCAGCUGCAAAGUACAAUGGGUCAUGUCGGUAACCUGGGAACUUUCAACAAAAAUCUAGGAAGUAGCUUCCUAAAUCCAGUGGAAGAUGGGAUAUCCUCUACCAACAGAGUAGAGUCAUACCUGGCUAAGAUGCAGGAAGCAUUGCAAAAAAAUAUUUCCAAAGAACUUGUACAAGCCACUGCUGAUUUGGAUAGAGGAUCUACACGAGUCUCACCUCUAGGAUCUGCUACUGGUUCCCUAAAGAGCAUAAACCAAGAUCAGGACCCUGUCACUAAAGCCAAAGAACAAUAUCUGGAAGUUCUAAAGAAAAAUUACAUGCUUUGAAUUGUGUUGUUCCCCUAUUUAAAAAUAUUCUAUGAACUUUCCGUACAAAAACAGGUCAAUAACAGUUCUCCUGCAAACCUAUCUAAUGUGAGAAUUUUACAAGUACAAAAUGCUGUUUUAGUUAUAAUAUUCCAUGAUUUGAUUAACUGAUCACAAAAACAUGGAAGGUUAUUUUGCAGCAUUUAGAUUUCUGCAACUAUAUUUGCUCAGGAGGAACUUUUUAUAUCUAUUUAAAAUUAUUGUACAGAACUAUUCAUUUUAUUUGUUGCAAAUGACAUUUGACCAGACCAAUUCUAAUAGUCUCAUUUAGGGACCAUUUUACCCCUAUGUCAGUGUCUUACAACUAUUGAACAAGGUCCAAUUAAUUGAACAUUCCAUAAUCUGAGUUACAGUGUAUGAAAUUGCACAAGCUACAAGUAUUUUAUCAAAGAACAUUGUUGUCACACAUUGUUGUAAAGUUGGCUUUUCGUGAACUUAGCUCGGUUAAAAUGUCCUAUGGGGUAACGUCCAUUCCAUUGUGAUACAGUAUUGUACACUAGUUUAUCUUGUAAAAUAGUGCCAAGACUUUAUAGACUUGUGUUUUGGUACAUACAGUAAAGGCAUUGCACAACUAUUUCAACAUUAAAUGUUAAUGUUUAUUUCUGA